AUGUUAAAUUCAGUCGGAGGUAGUGUCGCCACUAAAGUUGGUGCUUCAUUUUUACCAGAGAGUUCUCUCUUAAAAACAAUUGCAAAAUAUGCAGCUUGGGCUACUGGUGCCUUACUUGUUUUAUUAGGUGGUAUUUCAAUUUUUGAUUCACAUUGGAUUAUUGGACCAAUUUGUAUAGCAUUAGGUGGUGUUAUGCUUGUUAUUGAAUUUGCAGUACCAUUCGCUGCUCAAUUCCAAUUAUUUUUAACAGUAUUUGAAUAUAAAAUUCGUGGUAUUAUGUAUGUUUGCUUCUGUGUGCCUGCAUUUUUCACAGUUUUUACAAUUGCACCAGGUCUUGGUUGUAUCUUUUCUGGUGGUAUCUAUGUGAUUUUAGGUUUUGUCAAGAAUGAAAAAGCUGAAUUACCUCAAUAUAAUAAACAAAGAGAUGUUGAAAAUGGUCAUAUGAAUUCUUCUGAUAAUAAUUAA